GAGAAGCAGAAGCUGCUGGAUGAGAUCGAAGACCUCACUGUGCAGCUCACAGAGGAGCAGGAGAAAAAGAGGAAGAUGGGGGACAAGCUGAGUCAGGAGAGGCACCAAUUUCAAAAGGAGAAGGAGUCGACGCAGGAGCUCAUUGAGGACCUCAGGAAGCAGCUCGAGCACUUGCAACUCUUCAAACUGGAAGCUGAGCAGCGAAGAGGCAGGAGCAGCAGCAUGGGGCUCCAGGAGUACAACAGCAGGACGCGGGAGACUGAGCUGGAGCAAGAGAUCAAACAGCUCAAGCAGGAUAACAGGAACCUGAAGGAGCAGAACGAUGAACUGAAUGGGCAGAUCAUUAACUUGAGCAUCCAGGGAGCCAAGAACCUCUUCUCAGCCUCCUUCUCUGAAUCCCUGGCAGCAGAGAUCAGCUCGGUCUCCAGAGACGAGCUCAUGGAAGCAAUUCAGAAGCAAGAGGAGAUCAACUUCCGCCUGCAGGAUUACAUUGACAGGAUCAUUGUGGCCAUCAUGGAGACGAAUCCCUCCAUCCUGGAAGUGAAGUAA